UGCGCGGAGGGGGCCCGGAGGGGAUGAGGGACCCCAGUCCGGACAGAGCUGGGAACUCGGGGACGUGUCCGAGGAGUCCUGGGAGUCCUAGAAGGAGGAAUGCGGGGUGGAAGUCAUCGCCCUAGGGCCAGACGAGGCUGAGAGUUGCAGGACAGACUCCCGACUGGCAGACGGGAGAUGUGGGUUAUGGUCCGCGCUCUGCCGCGGACUCGCUGGAUGACCUGAGGCAAGAUGCUUUCCUGUUUCCCCAACGAGCAGUGAGAAAGUUUCUGUCUGGAGGCCCCGCGCAGCCCCUGUCUGGCUGGGUGUCUCGAUAGAUUGAGAUCUCUGUUGAGAUUCGCACAUCUCAGCCGGCGAGUACUCGGCUCUGUGCCGGCAAAGUGGCCGGUAGUUUCGGCCGUGGCGCCCCCCAGCCCGCCGACGAUGCCUGCGGUGGGGGCCUGAUGGGGGCCAGAGAGAGCAGGGAGCUGGCCGGUGACAAGCCCAAUGAGAGGACAGCCCUGCCCGUGUAGUAACUAUUUCUAUUGGAGCCCCCAGCAGCGCUCUAGCCACAGCUGAGAUUUGCAGGUGUGUCAAGCUGGUCAUGCUUCUACGCUUCUUGAUUCAUUUCGUGCCCAGUAACAGAAGAGCCUUCUUGAGAUUGCUGCUACCAUACCUGCCUCUCACCUUCCCAAGGGGCUGAGGCUCCAGAGACCUCAGGGACUGCUUUCAAUACUCACAGAAACCUACACCCUGGUGAUGGCACAAAGGGACUGUUUUCUUGCUCUUAGUCUGAAUGCUGCCAAGAAGGAAGGCAAAGAUAGGACAACCAGAUCUCAGGCUGUCCCCAUAGCUUCUAAUCUCAGACCUCAUUCAACUCCUUUCUGAGCCCAAGGACAAAGCUCUCUUGAACAAAUGAUUUUGAGUCAUGAAUGAAAACUCUUGCUCUUUCCAAAAUGAGAAAGAAUUAAGAGAUGGAGAGGUUGAAAGUGUGUCUGCUCCACCCUGUGACAAGGACAGCAGUGCCCUUCUGGCUUUCAGAGGAAUUCCUAUCUCGGAGUUGAAGAACCACGGCAUCCUCCGGGCCCUGACAACAGAAGCUAAUGGCUGGGAGCCAGGUGCUGUGAGUACAGAGGUGCUCAGAGCCCAGGAAGAAUGGGAAGCCGUGGAGAGCAUCCAGCCAGAGACAGGGAGCCAGGCCCGCUCAGACCAGCCGGGGCAGCUCAUCUCCUUCGGUGAGGCUCUGCAGCAUUUCCAGACCGUGGACCUCUCCUCCUUCAAGAAAAGAAUCCAGCCAACGAUUCGAAGGACCGGGCUCGCUGCCCUCCGGCACCGUCUCUUCGGGCCUCCAAAGCUCCACCAGGGCCUCCGUGAAGAAAGGGACUUGGUCCUGACCAUCGCUCAGUGUGGCCUGGAUAGCCAAGAUCCGAUGCACGGCCGAGUCCUCCAGACCAUCUACAAGAAGCUGACCGGCUCCAGGUUUGACUGUGCCCUCCUUGGAGACCACUGGGAAGAUCUGGGUUUUCAGGGAGCAAAUCCAGCCACAGACCUGAGAGGAGCAGGCUUUCUUGCCCUCCUGCAUCUCCUGUACCUGGUGAUGGACUCAAAGACCUUGCUGAUGGCCCAGGAGAUUCUCCGCCUGUCCCGUCACCAUAUCCAGCAAUUCCCCUUCUGCCUGAUGUCCGUGAAUAUCACCCGCAUCGCCAUCCAAGCCUUGAGGGAGGAGUGUCUGUCCAGGGAGUGUAACCGGCGGCAGCAGGUGAUCCCGGUGGUGAACAGCUUCUACGCCGCCACCUUCCUCCGCCUGGCGCACGUCUGGAGGACGCAGCACAAGACCAUCUCAGACUCAGGCUUUGUCCUCAAAGACUUGGAAAUGUGGGCCAAGAAGAGCCCCCGGCGGCUGCUCAAGACCCUGGAGAUCUACUUGGCCGGUGUGUCAAAGGGACAGGCCUCCUUGUUGGGAGCACAGAAGUGCUCUGGGCCACAAGCCCCUCCAUCCAAGGACCUGACUUUCACAGGCGUGUGUGACUUGCCACCGCCCUCAUCCAAAGGCACGUGGCUGAUCUGACCCACCCCCGCAGCUGACUGACGGGGAGCCUUGAAGGGGCUUUCGGCGGGCGCCCCGUGGCUGGGCCAGUCCCCUUCCCGCCCUAGCGGAAGGGAUGUAGGAAGCCUGUGAGCCUGGUCAGGGGAGCCAAGGACCCUCACCUGCAUGAGGUACUAGGGGCUGUUCGAUUUGACCCACUCCCCGCAGACCUGCCCCCAGAGCAAGGAGGCCUUUGCCUAAUCGUAGCCGGGCCGCAGCUUCCAGAGUCGAGUUCCAGGUAGUCUCAGUGCGAGUGACUGGUCGUGAGGCGGGACCCCCUCGGGGUGUUCCGCACAGCCCCACGUGGGGGAUGUUCCCAAGCAGAGGUGCUGAAAUUCUGACUCCCCACGGGCUUUCAGGCCCCAGGGGUCCACAGGACAGGGACCAGACGGGGACUGAGUCAGAAUGUGAAGGGAGAGGGUAGCAGUGGCGGCUGACGGAGGGGGGCGGGGGGGAGCGGCAGCGUGAACCAGAGCUGCCCGAGAGUGCAGCUGGGCCUGCUGUCCUCCUCCGUCCCCCAGGCCAGUUAGAGGGAGAGGGGCCCCUCUGAGCGUCUCUGGCCUUGCUCUCUUCCCCCCCUCACUUCUCCCCAUCCCUCCCCCUCCCCGCCGUUUGGGAUACACAGCCAGGCGCCAGGCCAGGUGUCUCUGCUACCGCCCACCCUGUCGUCUCAUCUAGCUGGGCUCCCCGGCGGAGGCUGUGCGGGUCCCAUCAGGGAGGGGUUUCUGGCCUGGCUGAGGGAAGGAGGAAGCUCACAUACGAGCAGUUUUUGAAUAAAAGAGUUGUUCUGGGUUAA